AUGCCUGACCACUUGGGUGCUGACCAGCGUAAAACAAAAGAUCAGAAAGAUGAUGAAAAGCCUAUUAAAGCUCUUGAUGAAGGAGACAUUGCCCUACUAAAAACAUACAGUUCUGCAGCAUACAGUAAAGAAAUAAAACAAUGUGAAGAAGAUAUACAGACGUACAUGAAGCGUGUUAAUGAACUCACUGGCCUCAAAGAAUCAGAUACUGGAUUGGCUCCUCCUGCUCUCUGGGAUUUGGCUGCGGAUAAAGCCUGCUUAUCAAGUGAACACCCACUGCAGGUCGCUCGUUGCACGAAAAUAAUUAAUUCUGACACUGAAGAACCUAAGUACAUUAUUAAUGUAAAGCAGUUUGCAAAGUUUGUUGUUGAUUUAGCAGACACUGUGGCACCUACUGACAUCGAAGAAGGAAUGCGUGUUGGUGUUGACCGCACGAAGUACCAAAUUCACAUCCCACUGCCCCCUAAAAUCGACCCAAGUGUGACAAUGAUGCAGGUGGAAGAUAAACCGGAUGUCACCUAUAGUGAUGUGGGUGGGUGUAAAGAGCAAAUAGAAAAGUUGAGAGAAGUUGUUGAACUGCCUUUACUUCAUCCUGAAAAAUUUGUUAACCUCGGCAUCGAACCUCCAAAAGGUGUUUUACUCUUUGGACCACCUGGGACUGGCAAAACAUUAUGUGCCCGAGCGGUCGCUAACCGUACGGAUGCUUGUUUUAUUCGUGUUAUCGGUUCGGAAUUAGUUCAAAAGUAUGUUGGUGAAGGUGCACGGAUGGUUAGAGAGUUGUUCGAAUUGGCCAGAUCAAAGAAAGCUUGUAUUAUAUUUUUUGAUGAGAUUGAUGCUGUUGGAGGUGCCCGAAUCGAUGAUGGCUUAGGUGGUGAAAAUGAGGUGCAACGAACUAUGCUUGAGCUCAUCAACCAACUGGACGGUUUUGAUCCAAGAGGGAACAUAAAGGUACUAAUGGCAACCAAUCGUCCUGAUACACUAGAUCCUGCUCUUGUUAGACCUGGUCGUUUGGACCGAAAAGUUGAAUUUGGUCUACCUGAUCUUGAAGGUCGCACUCAUAUAUUCAAAAUACAUGCCCGUUCUAUGUCCGUUGAAAAGGAUAUUCGUUAUGAACUUCUUGCUCGUCUUUGUCCUAAUAGCACCGGUGCUGAAAUUCGCAGCGUUUGUACCGAGGCUGGGAUGUAUGCGAUCAGAUCAAGACGCAAAAUGGCCACAGAAAAAGACUUUCUAGAGGCUGUGAACAAGGUUAUAAAGUCUUAUGCGAAAUUCAGUGCAACCCCGCGUUAUAUGACAUAUAAUUAA